UAUGUUUUGUCAAUAAAAUAAACUUGAAUUUCUCAGUUUGUCUUUUUCAAUUUGCUUUACACUUUGGUGCAGUUCAUCUUCGGCACCGGCAGGCGUCACAUGCCGUCAGCGGAAGUGAAACCUUUCCCUCGACUUCUAAACAGGCAGCAUCACCACAAAGCAUCCGUGAGACGAACGCAUUUAUCCAACGGGAGUUUGUAAUUUUACAGCCAUUGCGCUAUGAAACCGCAGCUGUUUGGUACCAAAACGCAUCCGUGCGUAACGGACGCAGCGUCUUUUCAGGAAGAGCUGGUCGCCGCGAUCCACGGCGCAUUUGAAGUGGCCGUCGAGGUCGCAGUUCGGGAGGUGAAGCAGCUCGUAGGUCAGGCAACGAACGACAUGUACGAAGAGCUGCACCGAGAGAACGAGUCCCUGAAACAAAGGCUGCAGAGAGCCGAAGCGCUGCUGGACUCUGCGCGCACGGAACGAACAAGUGGCAGCUCUCCCCGUGCAAACCAACUCUGCAAUGGCACAAAGCGCACAGAACAGCCGGUCCACCCUGUUUGUAGGAGCCCAAAUCCUGCAGUCAGCAGCUGUCCGGAGGUCAGAGCUGACUCUCCUCCUCCUGUUGGUCACAGCGGCGCACAUCAGCCUCUGAACUCCCACCACAAACACAGGAGCAGAAAUGAACAGACAUCAAGCAGCGACGUGAGAAGUCACUGUGUCAAUGAUGCAGAGAAAGAACGAAAUGAUGGAUAUUCAAAAGAGGUCACUGAAGGCAUUUCCCACAUUUGUGCAGUGAAGCUAGAAAGUAUGAAUCCAACAUGUCAAGAACCAGGAGUUCAUAACUGCAACUCACCACCACUUCCCAGCAUUAACAGCAAGUCCACAUUGGAGCAGGUUACUGUGAAGCAGGAAAACUCAGAAGACGAGAGGAAUGGUUCAUCUUGCUGCUUGGACUCGAUUAAAGUGGAGGAUUUUAGUUUGGAGUGUAUAUCUGCAGUCCAAUCCAAAAUGUUGGAGGAGUGGAAUCCAGAAGUCCUGGAUAUUCAAGACCCAAACACUCAGCUGUCCAACACUGGGCUGGAACAGGCUCACCCUCCAAACCUGACCACCAGCCUCAAUCCACCCACAGAUCUUCCAUCCCUCUCUUCAGAGUUCCCAAACAUCCUCCAGCUGGCAGAACCAGCUCCCGUACCAGAAGCUCCUCCACAGGUUUAUGGAAUCCACGUCCGGACCGGCUGCAGCCUCAGCCACACUGUCCCUGCCCUCUAUACCUGUAAGUCCUGCGGUCAGACCUUCCAUCUGCCCAGCUUGCUACGGCGGCACUAUGGCCAGUGCCAGCAGAGGCUACAACAGCGGUGCCCGCAACCCGUGGCAGGAAGCAAGAGGACCAGACUGCAGCUUUACCCGCCGGGCUGCAGCCCUUUCCGCUGCACCGAGUGCAACCGAGAGUUCAACCGCAUGGAGAAUCUCAAGACCCACCUUCGCAUCCAUACUGGCGAGAGGCCGUAUACCUGCUCGGUCUGCUCCAAGUGUUUCCGGCACUCGGGGGCGUUAACCAGACACUUCCGGAUCCACACUGGAGAGAAGCCUUACAUCUGUGGACAGUGUGGGAAAUCUUUCAGAAACUGCGGUGGGCUCAAAUUCCACCAGCGUUCUCACAGCAAGCAGCUACAGUAGAGUGGGACUUUAUUCAACGUGUAAACAGUUGAUUUAUGCAAUGCACACUAUGUUUACAUUUGCUAUUUUUCUAUUAAAAAUCAUUUAGGAGGGUUUUACAGUGAGUACAUGUGAAACUGUUGAACUGAAUAGUGUGAGCAGACAUCUGAUUAUCUUACCUGACAUACAGACUCGGGAUAACUUCAGGAAUCCAGUGUAAAAAAUGAGCAAUGCAGAAAACAACAUUCCCAAGGACAAGGAUGCAUUAUGAAUUUUCUGAGAUGUAUCAUCAUAUUGGGGUCACUCCUGUAGUACUAAUUCUAACUACUGUAAUAAUUUGUGUUGAGAUUGUAUUGAUUCACAAUGACUCGCCCAAAAAAGCAGCAUUUCAACCAAUCACAGGAACUGUGAAGUGUAUCACAUUGAGGCAAAAGCUGUCAAAAAUGAAGAGUUUCUUUGGUUUGAAUAAAUUUAUAUUGAAAACAAAUCUAAAUGCAACAUGUUUUUUUAAUUGCAUUUCAUCCAUUAUAGGUCCAGCAUGGGUGAUUAUAUAACUGUUGUUCCAACACUCAUCAUCUCUGCAACAGAAUGAAUUCAUGAAGAAAUCAAGUACGCACUAUACUGGGCCAAUAGAGAGUGGAGUCACUGACCAGAAAUCACAAGUCAGUAACAAGCCACACGUCUGUGAUCCAGAGAGUAAAUGAAGUUGCUGAUGCUGAUUGUGAAAUGUCCCACAUGUCCUGAAGGACUCAGUGUUGUCAGACACGUCAGUCCAGAUGGUCUACUGGACAUGCUCUCUGAAAGUAUUUCUCUAAUGACAAAUAGUGGAGUUGUAGACAUUUAAGUGCCUGGCUACAGCCCUAACUGACAAGUCAGCACCCCGUUCUGGUGUCUCUCUUGUAUCUGUAGCUUUGUGUCAUUCAAAUAAAGCUGCAUUUUAAGGAGGCCUCCAACAGUCACUGGUCAAAGGAGUGUCUGUGUGCUGUUAAUGCUAUAUGGUCAUAGUGCUUUAAAGCCACACCUGAUGAGGGUGUGGAUUAACUCAGUGAUCAAGAACUGAAAACAACUUGUUUUGCACAAAUGGCUAAAUUUAACCCUUUCCUAACCCCAACAAUACACAGAGACAAACACUUAUUUACAUGCUGCAUUUAUAUUUUGUUCAGUGUAAUUAGCUUCAUGUUAGCAGAAACAGUUUAAAUGCAGUAGCUAUGUGAUCACUGAGAGAACUGUUUUGAUUGUGACGUCUUUUAUUGACUUUUAUUGUAACUCUAAGUGCCAUUUUUUUGUACAUGUUUCAUGAUUGUUAUUAAAGUACGUCACUGGCUGGGCCAGGUUGUGUUUAUUCA